UUUUUACUUCCCAUGCCCAUUAGUCUGACUGAAUUCACCUGCUCCUAAUCAUUGUUUGGUAGUGUUGGAGUUUCCUGUUGUGCUGCACAGCGCAUGUAGCAAGUGUAUUCAACUGGCAGCUUCAUCGCGUCCUGCCCACAGAGCAGCAGUGAUACACUGAAGAGGAGACAUCUAGCCCUAGGCUUUCCUAAGGAGACGGUGUCUUUGGCAUCAGCACGCGAUUGCUGUAGUUCCCACAUUUUCUUGAAUUUUCAUACAAGUUCUGUGAUGUGGAUGUGCAUGUAAUAGAAAUAAUGGACGAGGACAGCAAGAGUGCAAGCUUCUCAGAAAGCCUUGUGCUGGAUAACGCUGCGAAAGGAGGAGUUGAUGCAGGAAUCAAAGACGGCACAAUCUCUGCAAAAAGUGGCCUCCAGUCUGGGGAAAAGUUUGUUGCAGCAACAAUACAACUUGAUAAACUUGAGAAAAACGAUGUGCUGAAAAUCUUGAAGGUACUGGAGCCAUACGAAAACAAAAUAAAUCUUCUGACAAAGAAGGACUUGAGCGCCGGUGUUGAUCUUGGCUCUUUGGGAGUAGGUCUCAAAGAUUCGGCAGAGAUAUUACAGAAAGAUCUGUCGCUGGAUGCAUCAGCUCAGGGACCAACCGUUUCCCUUGAUGGCCUGAAUGGAAAGCUUAAUGAUGCACGAGGGUUGGGGGUUAAAAUAAGUGAACCGACUCUUAAUGGAGACCUUCCCAGUCUUAGCCUAAAUAAGCCAUCAACUGAUGCUGGUGCCACAUUUAAAAUGCCCUCAGCAGGGCUUACGGUGCCAGAUAUAAAAUCAGAUUCAAGUGGAACCCUAAAAGCACCUGAUAUCAGUGUCUCGGCUCCCAAUCUUAACGCUCCCAGUGCGACACUAGACAUCAACAAACCAGAAGUCAAAGGCAAAAUGACACACAAGGCCCCAAAAUUCACAAUGCCACACUUCAGUCUACCUGAUCUUGAUGCACCAAAAGCAGACAUUGAUGUCUCUGGUGAUCCAGGUCUUCCUUCAGUCAGUGGAAGUAUGGAGACCCCAAACCUCAACCUGUCAGCUCCAAAGUUAGAUUUGAAAAGUAAUGAUUUGGAGUUGAAUGGGCCAAAAGUGGAUUUGAAUAGUCCUGAUGUAAAUGUAAAGGCCCCAGAUGCUAAUAUUGAGGCACCCUCAGGGAAAAUCAAGUGGCCCCAUCUAAAAUGGAAAAGUCAAAAACUCAAAGGACCAGAUGCCAACUUAAAUGCUGACCUGUCUACACCUAAUGCCAGCAUUUCCACACCAAAGAUUGGUGGUGAUCUAAGUACCCCAGAUGUGAAUGUUGGCUCAGCUCAAGCUGAUAUUAAAGGCCCUGAUCUAGAUGUUCAAACCCCAGAUCUUAAUGUUGAUGCCCCAUCUGGUAAAAUCAACUGGCCUCAUUUGAAGUUGAAGAAACCCAAAAUUAAUGGCAAUUCAACAGAUCUUGACUUGGAUGGAGACCUGAAACCAACAGAUGUUGAGCUCUCUGUUCCAAAAGUGGAGGGUGAGAUAAAUGUCCCUGAUCCUGACAUAAAUUUGCCAAAGGGAGAGCUAAAAGGACCUGAUCUGGAUGUGAAAACACCCAAUACUAAUCUAGAAGCUCCAUCUGGUAAGAUCAACUGGCCUCACCUGAAAUGGAAGAAGCCCAAACUUGAAGGAUCAAAAGCAGACUUGGACGUGGAUGCAGACCUAAAGACACCUGAUUUAAGUCUUUCAGCUCCAAAGAUUGAGGGUGACAUUAAUGUACCAAAUGCUGAGCUGAGUCUUCCAGAAACUGAGCUAAAGGCCCCAGGUGUAGAUGUUCAUGCCCCAGACGCUGACAUUGAUGCUCCUUCAGGAAAACUUAACUGGCCUCAUCUAAAGUUGAAAAAAUCCAAACUUAAUGGGUCAAUGGACCUCAAUGCAGAUUUAAGCCCACCAGAUGCUUCAGUUCCAAAAAUUGAUGGGGAGAUUAGUACACCUGACGUGAGCCUCAAUUUACCCAAAGCUGAUGUUGAUAUCAAAGCACCAGAUGCUGACAUAAACCCACCUUCUGGCAAAAUCAAGUUCCCAACACUGAAAAAACCUAAAUUCUUGGUUUCUGGGCCAAAGGUGAAAACUCCAGAUGUUGAUGUUGAUGCUGAUGUGAAAGCACCUGAUGCUGAUCUGAAUUUACCAAAAGCUGAUGUUGAUAUCAAAGCACCAGAUGCUGACAUAAACCCACCUUCUGGCAAAAUCAAGUUCCCAACACUGAAAAAACCUAAAUUCUUGGUUUCUGGGCCAAAGGUGAAAACUCCAGAUGUUGAUGUUGAUGCUGAUGUGAAAGCACCUGACCUCAGUCUGUCUGCUGAAGCACCUGAUGCUGAUCUGAAUUUACCAAAAGCUGAUGUUGAUAUCAAAGCCCCAGAUGCUGACAUAAACCCACCUUCUGGCAAAAUCAAGUUCCCAACACUGAAAAAACCUAAAUUCUUGGUUUCUGGGCCAAAGGUGAAAACUCCAGAUGUUGAUGCUGAUGUGAAAGCACCUGACCUCAGUCUGUCUGCCAAAGCACCUGACCUCAGUCUGUCUGCUGAAGCACCUGAUGCUGAUCUGAAUUUACCAAAAGCUGAUGUUGAUAUCAAAGCCCCAGAUGCUGACAUAAACCCACCUUCUGGCAAAAUCAAGUUCCCAACACUGAAAAAACCUAAAUUCUUGGUUUCUGGGCCAAAGGUGAAAACUCCAGAUGUUGAUGUUGAUGCUGAUGUGAAAGCACCUGACCUCAGUCUGUCUGCUGAAGCACCUGAUGCUGAUCUGAAUUUACCAAAAGCCGAUGUUAACGCACCAAAUGUAGACAUUGAAUCUCCAUCUGGAAAGAUCAAAUUGCCCACUAUGAAAAAGCCAAAAUGGUCACUCUCGGGUCCUACGGUUAAUAGUCCAGAUGUUAAUUUAGAUGCUGAUGUUUCAACCCCCAACUUGAAUCUCUCAGCUCCAAAGAUUGAUGGCGAGAUAAAUGCACCAGAUGCGGAUCUAAAGUUACCAAAAGCUGAUCUGGAAGCCCCCAAAUUUGAUGUAGAGUCUCCAGAUGUUGACAUUGAAGCCCCAUCUGGAAAAUUGAAAUGGUUCCAAUUCAAAAAACCCAAAUUUGGCACACUGAAAGGUCCAAAGGCUGAUAUUGAUUCUAAUGUGACAAUACCAGAGGCGGACCUCAAAAAGUCUGAUGCAGAAAUAAGUGCACCAGAUGUUAAUCUUUCUGCAUCAAAUAUUGACGCCAAUAUCAGUGGCCCAGACCUUAGCCUUGGUGGUCCAGAUCUUGACCUUGAUACACCUGAUGCAAAGGUGAAGUUUCCUAAAUUUAAAUUACCAAAACUCAAAGGAUCACAAGUCCACGGUCCCAGUGUGGAUGCCGAUUUAAAAACACCUAAUAUUGAUGCAAGUCUUGAUGCACCAAAAGCUGAAGUAAAUGCACCUAAUGUAAACCUCAGAGCAGAACCUCUCUCCUUGUCUGCACCAAAGGUUAAUGGUGGUCUUGAUGCACCAGAUCUUGAUGUAAAUUUACCAAAAGCUGACCUUAAAGGCCCCAAUGUAGAUGUUCAAGCUCCAGAGGUUGAUGCCCCUGCAGGAAAAAUCAAGCUUCCCCAUAUAAAAUGGCCAAAGUUUGGCUCAUCGGCGCCAAAAGUGAAAGGACCUAAUCUUGAUGCUGAUCUACAAAGUCCAGAUCUAGGUCUGUCUGUUCCUGAUGUAAAUGCAAAGUUACCCAAUGCAGACUUGACAGCACCCAAUGUUGAACUAAAAGCAUCAGACUUGAAUCUGUCAGCCCCCAAAAUUGAGGGAGAUAUUGGUACUCCAGGCAUAGAUGCUGGUCUUAAAACCGGUAUUGAUCUGUCUGCACCAAAAAUUAAUGGUGGUCUUGAUGCACCAGAUCUUGAUGUAAAUUUACCAAAAGCUGACCUUAAAGGCCCCAAUGUAGAUGUUCAAGCUCCAGAGGUUGAUGCCCAUGCAGGAAAAAUCAAGCUUCCCCAUAUAAAAUGGCCAAAGUUUGGCUCAUCGGCGCCAAAAGUGAAAGGACCUAAUCUUGAUGCUGAUCUACAAAGUCCAGAUCUAGGUCUGUCUGUUCCUGAUGUAAAUGCAAAGUUACCCAAUGCAGACUUGACAGCACCCAAUGUUGAACUAAAAGCAUCAGACUUGAAUCUGUCAGCCCCCAAAAUUGAGGGAGAUAUUGGUACUCCAGGCAUAGACGCUGGUCUUAAAACCGGUAUUGAUCUGUCUGCACCAAAAAUUAAUGGUGGUCUUGAUGCACCAGAUCUUGAUGUAAAUUUACCAAAAGCUGACCUUAAAGGCCCCAAUGUAGAUGUUCAAGCUCCAGAGGUUGAUGCCCCUGCAGGAAAAAUCAAGCUUCCCCAUAUAAAAUGGCCAAAGUUUGGCUCAUCGGCGCCAAAAGUGAAAGGACCUAAUCUUGAUGCUGAUCUACAAAGUCCAGAUCUAGGUCUGUCUGUUCCUGAUGUAAAUGCAAAGUUACCCAAUGCAGACUUGACAGCACCCAAUGUUGAACUAAAAGCAUCAGACUUGAAUCUGUCAGCCCCCAAAAUUGAGGGAGAUAUUGGUACUCCAGGCAUAGACGCUGGUCUUAAAACCGGUAUUGAUCUGUCUGCACCAAAAAUUAAUGGUGGCCUUGAUGCACCAGAUCUUGAUGUAAAUUUACCAAAAGCUGACCUUAAAGGCCCCAAUGUAGAUGUUCAAGCUCCAGAGGUUGAUGCCCCUGCAGGAAAAAUCAAGCUUCCCCAUAUAAAAUGGCCAAAGUUUGGCUCAUCGGCGCCAAAAGUGAAAGGACCUAAUCUUGAUGUUGAUGCUGAUCUACAAAGUCCAGAUCUAGGUCUGUCUGUUCCUGAUGUAAAUGCAAAGUUACCCAAUGCAGACUUGACAGCACCCAAUGUUGAACUAAAAGCAUCAGACUUGAAUCUGUCAGCCCCCAAAAUUGAAGGAGAUAUUGGUACUCCAGGCAUAGACGCUGGUCUUAAAACCGGUAUUGAUCUGUCUGCACCAAAAACUAACUUUAACAUACCAGACCUGGACCUUUCUACCCCAAAGAUUGAAGGUCCCAACGUGAAUGUUGGUUUGCCUGAAACUGAUAUCAAGGCACCCAGUCUACAUCUGCCAAAAGCUGACCUCCAGUCAUCUGAUCUCAGUUUGAAAACACCAAAUGUCAACCUUUAUCCACCAAAAGUUGAUGGUAGUCUCUCAGCACCAAAUAUAGACACGAGUAUGCCAAAAAUUGAACUAGAAGCACUUGAUGCCAAUGUGAAAUCUCCAGAUUUGGAUGUCAACCUGCCAAAAGCGGAUCUCAAAGAUUCCAAUAUCCAGUUAAAAACUCCAGAUCCAGAUUUGAAUACCCACCUUGGUGACUUUAAAAUGCCACAUUACAAGCAUCCAAAACUUGAUCUUUCAAGUCCUGAAGUAGAAGCUCCAAGUAUUAAUCCCAAAGUUGAGGCCGGAAUUAAGGUACCUGGAGUCAGCACAGAUAUGCCUACAACAGAUGCACACAUCUCUGUUCCUGCAGUAGAUUUGAGUGCACCAAAAGUAGGUGAUAUUAAAGGACCUGAUGUAGAUGUGAAAGCUCCAGACGUAGAUGCAAGUCUUGAAAAGUCCAAGAUGCCACAUUUCAAAUUCCCAAAGUUCAGCCUUUUUGGGUCUAAAACAAAAUCUCCUGAGGCUAAUGCCAGUGCAGAUCUUGAGGGGAGUGGCUCUGACUCUGAUGUGCCACACUCGGAGGUGGAGGUUCCUGUAUUCAAGUUCCACAGACUGCCCCAAACCAACAUUGAUGGCACUGGAGGAAUUACUGAUGCACUGAGCUCAAUAAAAUCUGACUUGGAGGAAAAGGAUUAUGUUUUCAGUAAAGGAAUCCGCUUGCCAGUAGUAAAUACAACAACAAAAGGAGGAGAAAAGAUUGACAUUUUGGAGAGAUUGAAAAUCGCAAGAGAAAAGGCACCCCCGGUUAAUGUGCCACCAACUGAAGAGAAAACUGGUCUUGAUCUACAACUCACCGGUGUAGGUCUUGAUGCUAAUACAUCUACAGGUGUAAGAGAUUCAUCUUUGGUCAGAGGAGGUACUUUCAAAGUAGACAAACCAGAGUCUACGCUGGGGCUGACCGUACCUGAUAUUUCUACAUCAGAUGAAAAUGACAAAUAUUCACUGAGCCUUUCUAAUAUGCUUGGCCUUAAUGUCAAGGAUUCUGAUGCCAACUGAUUGUUCAGAGGUUGGCCUGAUAAAUGAAGCUCCAGUCCAUAAAUGUAUGAAUACAUGCAGCUUAACUGAUUUUCAUGCUUUAGUUUGUGACAUAAAAAGAGAGACUAGCUGCAACUAAUCCAUGCUAAAUUGUCCAUGUUGUUGUAAUUUUAAUAAUAAUUUAGCCUAAUAGAGUUCAGUUGUUGAUACAAUCUAUGUAUAUUUUCCUGUUAUUUAUAAGCUUUUUCUAAAUGUUAUUUUGAAAUUAAAUUACUUAACUUUCAGUAUUGCUUGUGAUUGCCAUAAACUUUGUCUAGCAAGUGCUUUACUAGACCUUUAAAUGUUUUAAAGGAUAAAUGAAUUGUGUGAAUGUGUUACUCUUUGUUCAAUAAAUCAUUACAAUACUUAAA